AUGAACUGGUCUGUGGAACCCUUUGAGCUAUUGUAUCGUUCGAUUCAGAAUGGAGAGGUGGAUCUUGAACUGUUUAAUGGCCUGCUAACGGAUCUAAAAGCUCUGAAUUUGGAUAACAACAAGAGGAAAAACCAGACGAGCAGGUCGCAACUGGAGAAAGGUGAGGCUAAACUGGGUGAUGGUGCGACAUACCAGUUCAACGAGGUAUUUGUGAUUUCUGCUAUUAAACUGUCGGAUGAAUUGAACUUAGACGAGCUGAUUAUAGCAGAAUUGAUGCUGUCUAACCUGAAUGGUGCAGAUUACACCGAAAAUGACGAUUUCUUGUUGAUGAAUAACGGGAAAAUUCAAUACUUCAUGAGAAGACAGUACAUCCUGCAAAUUGUUGCUUAUAUCGUCAACUGUCUUCAGCGCGAUGAUCCAAUACUGGAAAGUUUCUUUGAUGAUAAUACGGUCAGCAAUGUCAUACAGGCAUUCAAAUCCAUACACACAAAUCUGGUGGAAAUCAAACAGCUCGUUAACAAGGCGCAAAUUCUGGACCACUACGACGUUUUAUUUCAAAAGAACGUUAGAUUUAAACGUGAUUUCUUGUUGAAAGAAUACGAUAUACUGAGUCAGAUACUGACUGGCCUUUCUCAGAAUAGAAUACUUUCGACUCAGUCCCAUAUCACAUCCUUGAUUGACCACAUCACCUCACUGGACGCAAAUGACUUCUUCAUAAUAUAUUAUCUUCCUGCCGUCUUCCAAACGUUUGGAGAGUUGAACCAUUUUGCCGAUGGUGAAGUCAAAUCUUUACACCAAGCAUUAUUGAAAGACUUAAAGAGCCCAGAGAUUUAUUCCAAGCCGGUACACGUGACCUUCAUUUUUGUGUUCUUGACGUUCUUUAUAUCAUGGUGUAAGGAGAAGCCCAGCGAGAGAGCAAUGUCGUUAGAUUUCAAGACGGCAGUUGACGAACCCAUGACAACUGCUGUUGAAUUGGGGGCAAUUGAACAAUUAUUGGUGUUCACCGCAGACACAUCCGUUGUGGAGAAGGAUAAAAGCAUUGACUUGUUUUACGAUAUCAGAUCAUUGUUGCAAAGACACAUCCCAAAACUAAUUCCAAAGAAUUUGUUGGAUGAUGACACACAGUACACCAAUAGCUCCAGUGGCAAUGUGCACAAUGCCAUGAAUAACAUUUCCGGUGGUAAUGCAGGGUUUUUAAACAGCAACUAUGGCUCUCCGGCGGCCAACAAGAAGCAUAUUCCAAAAUACCAAUUUGACUGCGUCUUUCUUUCGGAGCAAACGGAAAUUACUUUGUUGAGUACAACACAUGUCGUCCUACAAAGGAUUAUUGCUGAUUGUGCUUUCCUUUUGACAAAGAUCAAAGAUGCUGAAGAAGAUUCCCUGCUGUCUGGUGAAGACCUCACUUUGGAUGAUGUAUCAGUAAAGGCAGAUCUGGAGAGGUUCUUUUUGACCAUCUACUACUUUUACGCAUCGAGACCUGAAUACGCUAAAGUGUUCUGGGAGGACAAGGAAUCGAACGCUUUUGGGUUUAUUGCAUGGGCUUCCAAGUGUAGUGACAGUCUUAUAAGGUCCUGUUUCUACUUGAUGAUAUCAAGUCUCUCUUUUGGGGCAGAAAACUCUGUAAAUGUCUUCCAUUACUUCAAUGACGACAGUACCGUUUCAUGGAACAUCAUCUGCCAAUGCAUAUCAGACUACAUAGCGAAGAUCAGCAGUUUGAAUAAUGCGGUUCAACAUCAACAGACGUUAGGAAACUCUGAAAUUGACACUAAUUUAGUAGCACUCGAAGAGGGGCUGAACGAGGAGGCUAUUAUAUUUCUAUCUUCAUUGUUUACUUUGAUCGGGUCGGUAGCCCACGAUGUUGAUGAAAACAUCAAACUAUCCUUAUCCACAAUGUUCUCUGACGUACUUUUCGAAUUUUCAAAGCUUGAUACACCGUUGAUUGGUGCGUGUUUCAUGACACUUAGCCAUAUAGUACCAACUUCGACGAAAGAUAAAGCUAAAUUUUGGUUGUUACUAGAUGCCAUGAUAUUCAAAAACGCGACGUUGACAAAUACACACCACUCUUACAGAACGGCUUUUUCCUCAAUUUUUGGCAACUAUUCAGAAGUGUUAGGAUUCCUACGUUUGUUUGCUAAACUUCUGCAAAUAGACACUAGCAACCAAGAUCAUGGGCUUAUAAGGUUCGGUAACCUCGAAUUUCCUGCAAAGUUAGGACAAAGUUAUAGGAAAGCUGGUAUAUGGCCAUACUUUAAUUACAUCUUUACAGACUUGUUGAUACCUAGCGAAAAAUUGACAGAUGAGGCAAAUAAAAUUGCAAUUCAAUUACCCAUAAUGGAAUCUAUCAAUACAGCACUUUGUUCCUUCGAUUAUCGGGUCAUUUUGAACUCUGUGCCAGUGGGUGCUGAUCUGAAUAGAUUAACCACCAGUGGGGAUUUUUUUGAAUACAUCCAGGAAUCGCCGGCUACUGCAGUUUUUAAUUACUUGUUCCAGGAAAAAUGUUAUCAGAGUAUAUUUAAAAUCAUUGUCGGUGGUUCUGACGAGCUCAUUAACAUUGGAUCCGAAGGCAACUAUCAUACUCUGUUGAUUCAAAAUGCAUGCCAGGUGAUCAGCAGGACUUUGCAACAUCAGGAAACCUACCUUGAUGAAUUGAUCCCUAUCGUGAAGAAAAACCGGAAAGAAAUCUUCAUGAUACCUAAGGAUUUCGGCCAUCAUGGUUUAAGAUCUUUCUACGAUGCAAUAUUUUUUAACCUCAAUGUCAUUGCACAUUUCGGCUUAUACGUUGGCGUCGAGAACUAUAUUAUAGCGUCCGAAUCAAUAUCCAUUUUGAAAAAGAUGUCUCUGCUCUACAACAAGAAUUGCUCUUCAACGCAUUUGAGAAACAAGUUACUAAUUGUACUAGAUGCUGUUGACGAAUCCGCUCGCAUCAAAGACGCUUUUAUUUCCCAAAUUGAGACGCCUAUCGAUAUUGAAGAGAAACUGCAGUUAAAGUUGGAGAUACUAGAUUUGCUUGCAUCUAAUUUGUCAUAUAGCGAUCAAGAGAUGACAGUGGCGCAUUUCCUACUCGGAUUCCAAGUUUCUGACGCCAUAUCUGUUGGCCCAAAACUUUCAACUUUUAUUGCAUCCGGCAUUUCCUUAUUGGGAUCUCUCUUGAACCUUCUUCAGGCUUCUUUGGAAAGUGUCAGCCCUGCAAAUAUUGACUAUGCACCAAUGAGGCUGGCCGCCAUGACCAUGGAAAUUAUUCUAAAGUUGUGUCGCAAUCCAGUGACCUCGGCUAUCAUUUUUGACGUCUUGUUAGAAAAUGAGUUUCUCGACACUAUCGUCAUGCUGGACCCCCAGAUAACCAAAUACACUUCUUGGAACAAUCGACUUUUUGAAACAUCAUCCCUCGAGAGUGUGCAUGCAUUUAACGAAGGACCUUCUCUGGGUGCAUUCAUCUCCUUUUUAAGUUACAGGAAUCACUUGACUCAGUUUUUCAGCUUGUUUAUUCACAGGAUAUUCUUUGUCGGAACGACGUUCCAAAUAUCCACCUACAUCAACUAUCUGAUAUCUAGUAAUAGGGGCUCCGCAAAGAUUUUGUCGUUCCUUAACACACUGAACUACGGCAGUAUUCCAGUCUCCAAAUAUACAGGUAAUCUUUCAUCAAACCUUUCGAAAGUUUCGUUUGAGUUGGAUCUGAUUCCAUUGAAACCUCGGUGUACUGGGAAUAUAUUUGAUUUCACGGAAGUGGAUGCCAGGUUAUCUCUGUUCAAAAGAGCGAAUGAAGUGCAGCCUAAGCCAACCAUGUUAACUUUGGUAACCAAUAGGUCUGUUGAUGGAGAUCCAUCGGAGAAGAAAGAAGAUGCGGAGAUGCUAAAACUUCGAUCCUAUAUUACAGACUGCUUGAGCAAUUCCAAGAUCAGUGAUCUGCAGCUGUGUAUACUGCAUUCUUGGGUGCAGUUGGUUCAGAUUAUUGUCACUGAUGGGAAGUUGGGUACAUUAGAGCGCUGUGAUUUCAUACUUGAGAUUUUCAGUACAAUUGUUCCAAAAAUCAAUGACUAUGUGGAGUUUGAUGUCAAAUUCUCAGAGGAACUGGUGUCGCUGGCUGUAUUCUUAUAUGAAAUAUACAAUCAGGACAGAAGAACAAUGGACAAGUAUGACAAAUUGGAUACAAGACUUGAUAGUUUAUUCAAGGUGUGCAUACAUGGGAUUACCUCACCUCUUUCAUCCAUAUCGCUGAGGUCGGACUUUUACGUAUUGACAAACCAAUAUCUCGUGAGAAUCCUUAAUGAUGAAAAAUUGUCCAAAGAGAUUUUGCAAAAUUUGAGAGUUAUUAAUGAGAAGUUCGUUGAAGUGAUUUCUAAUGAUGCAAUUUAUGGGCAAGGUACGAGCAGAAUUACAGCGAUACUCUUACUAGAUUCUUUGGUUCAGGUGGCAGACUGGAACAAAGAUAACAUUAUAUUAGAAUCGCUGACAAAAAACGCACACCUGCUCCUAAUCAUCCGGACCUUAAAAAAUAUCGACAAUAUUCUGAAAUCUACCACGGAAGCAACUAGUAUAGACGAUUUGCUCUACGAAAUGACUGCUUUCAAAGCUACUGUCUUCUUUUUGAUUCGUAUUGCGCAGACCAGAACAGGUUCCCAAUCGCUAAUUCAAAACAAGCUUUUGCAAGUCAUUGGACAAUGCUCUUUUCUAAAAGUUGAUCCAGAGUUAGGUCUAAACCUACAUUUUGAUGAAAAUCCCAGCAAAGGUACUGGUGUUGUGAAUAUAAACAUAGGUUUGGAAAGUGCCGCCUCAGCAGGAAGAGAAACUGAAGACUUAUCUUUAUUUGAACUUUUUAUUCCCGUUUUCAAAUUGAUUUGCACCGUGCUUAUUAGCGUUGGAAGUGAGAAUGAGGUCGUGAUCAACAACACACGCCAGUUAUUAUCUGCGUUCCGGAAACUGUUAGUCGGUGUCUUCAAGAAGGAUGCUUUGAAUGAUUCUGAAGGGAGAACAAAUUACUUGCAUGGGAAGAAUGAUGUUUUGGGAGAGAUGGUGAUGCUCAUUACAUUGCUCUGCACCUUGACUGAUUACAAUGGGAAAGAGUGUUUGUAA